AUGCAUCCCAAGACUCUGUAUCUCGACAUCUCUUCGGAAAGAGACAUUGAGAACUUGGAGCUACACGCUCAGUUUCGGGCCCGGAAACAGGAGCUCGACCGCAGAUAUAUUUUCGAAAGGCUUUGCAGCAACAACCCGAUUCUGUAUUCUCGACCAAACCUUUACGUACAACAAAAACAGUUUCGCCAUUCGGGAUUCGCAAAAGCCUACGAUCCGGCACACGGUGCAAUCCACUCGGAUCUCGGUAGAGGUGACGCAAAAUAUCCGGACAUUCUGCGGACUGCGCUGGUCAAGGACCGAACCGUGCUGUCGCGUAUGUCAAGAAAUGAGAGUCAGAGCCAAGAGCAUGCAGGUCAGGCAAUGCUGUAA